AAGUGCUUUUCAAGUCACUGUAUGGGCGCUAUAACUCCGCCUUCGAGUAACUACUUUCAGUUUGUACUUGUAAUUUUUGCUGUAGUAUUCUAUGAUGCUUCCAUUAACGGGUCUUUAAAAAUGAAAAACAGGGAAUUUGUAGCAGCGCUUAUUGCUGGGGGCACUGCAGGCAUAUGUGUCGACUUGACGCUAUUCCCAUUGGACACCAUCAAGACUAGGUUGCAGAGUCCUCAGGGAUUUUACAAGGCCGGAGGCUUCCGAGGCAUUUAUGCUGGUGUGCCAUCUGCUGCUGUUGGAUCUUUUCCUAAUGCUGCUUCCUUUUUCUUGGUAUAUGAAUAUGUUAAAUCCUUGUUGGGUGGAGAUGCAUCUUCAUACCUCUUCCCAGUCAGGCACCUGAUUGCAGCCUCCGUUGGAGAAACAGUUGCAUGCCUGAUCCGAGUUCCCACUGAAGUUAUAAAACAGAGGACCCAGGCUUCUCCUUCUUAUAGUACAUACCAAGUGAUUGCCUACACUCUCAAGCAAGAGGGUUUUAGAGGACUGUAUCGAGGUUAUAAAAGUACACUAUUAAGAGAAAUUCCUUUUUCGCUGGUACAGUUUCCCCUUUGGGAGCUCUUAAAGGGUCUUUGGUCAUGGAAGCAAGGUCAUGCGUCUGAUUCUUGGCAGUCAGCAGUCUGUGGAGCAUUUGCAGGUGGAUUUGCAGCUGCAGUUACCACACCUUUGGAUGUAGCAAAAACAAGAAUUAUGUUAGCAAAGAAAGGCACCCCCACAGCAAGUGGAAAUGUACUAUUUGUCCUACAUGACAUCUGGAAAACAGCAGGAUUUUCUGGAUUGUUUGCUGGGAUCCUACCCAGAGUCGCCUGGAUUAGUCUUGGUGGGUUCAUCUUUCUUGGAACUUACGACAAAACACACAAAUUAUUGCUAUGAUGUGCCAAGGAAUCAUACAGUCAGGAUAUGUAUUGCUGCACACUUUAAAGGAGAAAAAAAAAGAGAAGGCCUCUGAAAUGCUUUAUCUUUCAUCUGUGAUGUGUCCAAUGGACUGCCAGCUGUCCAGUAUUUAUGUGCAACAGGAAGGCAAUCUUAACUAAUUUGUUGGGGCCAGAUGUACUAUUUACAUGGACAGGACAUAAAUUGAGCCAUUUAUUUAACAACAAAGUAAUCAAAACAAGCUAGAAGAGUUUGUUUUCCUAUGUUCAAUUAUUGCUGGAUGUUAAUUCUCAGAAGACCAGAACUGUGAUUGUACACCAAUGUGACUGUAGUCUUUGCAAUUAACUAAAUAUGGAGAAUGCACCAUUUAUUUGUAAAACUGUCCAACAGCAGAAUUAAAUGGCUCCACUGAA